AUGACCACAACAAAGUACGUGCUGUUCGAUCUAGACGGGCUUCUGAUAGACAGUGAGCGGGUGUAUACGGAAGUAACGAACGAGAUACUCUUACCGUAUGGGAAGAAGUUUAACUGGACGCUCAAGGCGAAUAUGAUGGGCAAGCAUGAGAGAGUUGCGUGCGAGUAUCUCGUCAACGCACUGCAGAUCCCUCUCACAGUGGACGAAUACAUAGCGCAGCGCAACGCUAAACAGAAUGAGGCUUGGCCAAGACUAGCACUGCGUCCUGGUGCACUCGAGCUGGUGACGCACCUCAAAGCACACAAUAUUCCUAUCGCUGUAGCUACUGGUAGCCGCAAGAGCAGUCUGAUGCAAAAGUGUAACGCUCCAGUCGUCCAUCACCUCAUGUCGCUCUUUGGGGAGAAUUGCGUCACAGCUGACGACGUCGGUCCUGGUUUGGGCAAACCGAACCCAGAUACUUUCUUAAUUGCCGCUCAGAGAUUGGGCGCUGAUAUUGGAUACGACGUUAAUGGCGUUAGUAGCCCUUCAAAGGAAAACCUCCUCGCGCGCGACAGCUGCCUUGUGUUCGAAGAUGCAGUGCCAGGUGUGCAGGCUGGCCUCAAUGGCAAUAUGAAAGUCAUUUGGGUACCUGAACCGGAACUACUUGACUUGUACAAAGACGACGAUAGCGUAAAGGGCGUUUAUCAAACUCUUACCUCCCUACAAGACUUGAAACUGUCAGACUUCGGUUUGCCGGAUAUCAAGUAG